ACCAGCAGAAGCAGUCUGCUAUUCCUGGACCUGAUGUCUUCUACGCAGGACAGAGCGAGGAGCAGAGCCCUCGUGUCACCCUCCGUUCUAUUCCCGCGUUACAGAUAUUAGAUCUGGAUAUUAAUCAAACACAGGGGGCGCUGCCGUCAUCCGGGCCCGUCUUCCCACCGCGUUAACCAUGUCAUCUUCAUAUGCCGCCGCCAUAUCGACCCUUCUCUCCGCCAGCUCCUCCAAUCCACCCGACACACCGAGGCCUCGCCCCUCCCCAGACACGGGAGGGGCCCCCACACCUCCCCCCGCGUCCCACUGCCCUCCAGCCGUACAGACGCGUCCUCAUCCACGAGAGCCUUUGGGGUUCUGUGAGGAGCAACAGGAGAACCCUGCAGACUAUGGCAUUGGCGGAUACUACCCCGUAGAGAUCGGAGAGGUGUUCGUGGACCGUUAUCAAGUGGUUCAAAAGUUGGGAUGGGGUCACUUCUCUACUGUAUGGCUCUGCUGGGAUAUAGUGAGGGGGCGUUUUGUAGCUCUGAAGGUGGUGAAGAGUGCUCAAACGUUCACAGAGACGGCACAGGAUGAGAUCAAGCUUCUAAAAUGUGUAAGAGACAGUGACCCCAGAGAUCCAAAACGUGAGACAAUUGUACACCUCAUUGAUGACUUCAGGAUCACUGGAGCAAAUGGAGAGCAUGUGUGCAUGGUUCUGGAGGUGCUGGGCCACCAGUUGCUCAGGUGGAUCAUCAAAUCCAAAUACUCGGGCCUCCCUCUGGCCUGCGUCAGGAGCAUCCUCACACAGGUUCUGCAGGGUCUAGAUUACUUGCACACCAAAUGCAAGAUCAUCCACACCGACAUCAAGCCGGAGAACAUCCUCCUGAGAGUGGACGACGUUUAUGUUCAGAACCUGGCAGCCAACACCAAGCUGUGGCAGCUGCCGGCGUCCUCUGCUUUCUCCAGCUCCACCGAGAACAGACGCUCCAGAGAGAAACAGAGUUUGUCCAACUUGUUGGGGAAGCUGAGCGGGGUUUUCCACACUCUCGGGGAGUGGUCCAGUAAGGUCUCCAAGAGCCCCAUCAAGCGACUGACAAGAAAAGACAGGGGUCGACGAGGACAGGACCACAAUCAGAAAGACAAACUUCACGUGUCCUUCUCCGAUGCCGCUCCUCCCUCUAGCACCUGUAGCUCCACCUGUCAGGCUAAGCUCACAGGUCCCAACCUCAGGUUAAGGAGGAACACGCUGCUGUUAGAAGAUGGACCGGACUGGCCUCCACACAGCCAUAGAGACUCCAUCUGUUCUUGGCCAGACCUCAACACAGAUGCUCCCGUCUGUGGCUCUAGAUCAGCGUUAUUGCUUCAGACUGCAGACACAGAGCGGUCUCCUCCUUCACCAUCCUCUCCCCGUGGUAUUAGUGACUCGGAUGUACUUCUGGAUCUACUAAAACCCCAGAAUGCUGAUAAAAUCCUCAUCAAGAUUGCUGACUUGGGCAAUGCCUGCUGGGUGCACAAGCACUUUACAGAGGACAUCCAGACGUGUCAGUACCGCUCUGUGGAGGUUCUGAUCGGGGCUCACUACGACACACCGGCUGACAUCUGGAGCACCGCCUGCAUGGCUUUUGAGUUGGCCACAGGAGACUAUCUGUUCGACCCUCAAUCAGGAGCCUCAUUCAGCCGCGAGGAAGAUCACAUUGCUCACAUCAUUGAGCUGCUGGGAUCCCUUCCAUCGCAGUUCGCUGUGUCGGGGAGGAACUCCAGACGGUACUUCAACCACAAAGGACAACUGCGACACAUCUCCAAGCUGAAGCCCUGGAGCUUGUUUGAGAUCCUGCUGGAGAAGUACGAGUGGCCGCGAGAGGAAGCCUCCAAGUUCAGCUCGUUCCUCCUGACCAUGUUGGAGCUCCUUCCGGAGGACAGAGCCACAGCUGCCCAGUGUCUGAAACACCCCUGGAUAACCUCCUAGACGCAACCCUCCUGUCAUCUCCAUAGCCCGGUGGACCAUAGCUCUGUGAUCGGGGCAGGCUUGCACACAUUGUGAAGACAUCGGACCGCUGUGGGAAACAGAGCAGUAGUCUAGUGCUGGCAUCAUGAGAUCAUAGAUAUUUAUUAGCCCGACAAACAGCCUUUUCCCAGUGGGGUUGCCUGGUGUUUUAGUAUUUUAAUGGCAGUUUCAUCCAAUUCAGGCUCUGCAAUGACCAAAGAGAAGUUUUGUCUUACUGGUAAAAGUUCUUGAAUUUCAAUAAAUUAACAUAUGAUUGCU